GCCCGCGCUGGCCGUUGCCGCGACUGGCUUUGCGGAGAGGAGUUGGGGUCCGGGUGUGCGGACUCCGGGUGCAGCAGACCGAGUCGGGUGGUGCUGCCAGGUAAUAAUUCCAAGAUGCCAGGGCGUUCCAGUUCAAGUUCAGGUUCAACUGGUUUCAUAUCCUUCAGUGGUGUAGAGUCUGCUCUCUCUUCCUUAAAAACCUUCCAAUCCUGUAUCAGCUCCGGAAUGGACACAGUGUCUAGUGUGGCUUUGGAUCUUGUGGAAACUCAGACUGAAGUGAGUAGCGAAUAUAGUAUGGACAAGGCGAUGGUUGAAUUUGCUAUAAUGGAUCGAGACCUAAACCAUUAUGUUAAGGCUGUUCAAUCUACAAUAAAUCAUGUAAAAGAAGAACGUCCAGAAAAAAUACCAGAUUUAAAAUUAUUAGUAGAGAAGAAAUUUUUGGCUUUACAGAAUAAAAGUUCUGACAUGGACUUUCAGAACAAUGAAAAAUUUGUACAGUUCAAACAACAGCUGAAAGAACUAAAGAAGCAAUCAGUGAAACCUAAAGAAGAUGGAAGACACAAUGAGUUCGACCAGAUUAAGGAUAAGGAUGCAAGUAGAGCAGGCAAUGAACGAGAUGGUCUACAAGCAGACAGAGAGGUCGAGGGAACAGAAGGAGUUGAUGAAGAUAUGAUUGUGACCCAGAGUCAGACCAACUUCAUCUGCCCCAUUACACAGUUGGAAAUGAAGAAGCCAGUGAAAAAUAAAGUGUGUGGCCACACCUACGAAGAGGAAGCCAUUGUCCGCAUGAUUGAGUCCAAGCACAAACGGAAGAAAAAGGCCUGUUGCCCCAAAAUUGGCUGCAGCCACACGGAUAUAAGAAUGUCUGAUCUCAUCCAGGAUGAAGCACUGAGAAGGGCAAUUGAGAGCCACAACAAGAAGAAGUACCGCCAGCCUGAGUAGGAAGGAUCCCCUCGCCACGGGGAGUCAGCAGCCCGCCCCGCCCCCGCCAGCCUCGCCAGCGAUGCUUGUCAGAGCAGCUCAGGACUGGCUGCUCCGCAUACUUGGUUUGGGUUAAAACUUGAUGGUUUAAGUGAAAUCCAAGGCAUUUUUUCAAGUUACAUAAUAAAAAUGCAAGCACAUUACAUUGUUUAUUUUUAAAUGUUUUAUCAUUUGAAAUAAAACUUGUAUUACCUGUCGCAUGUCCUGUCUGCACACCUCCUGAUAUAAAUUGUUCCAAAGUUACAGGUUUUUCUAUUUCUUAUACAUCAGAAUGACUUUUAUAAUUGUUUUUACUGAUACUUGAAUGAAAAAAAAAAAGAAAUUCCCUAAUUGAAAAGCCUUUUUUAUAAGUUUAGUAAAUGAUAGCAUUCAGUCACAAGCAAAACCAGUUUACUUUCCUGUUAUGACUUUGUGUAAUUGACAGUUCUGAAUCUGUAAGUGCUUUUAUUUGUCCUGUCUUUCCUGAAUGGCGUCAUUCUCUGGUAACAGGCUCACCAGGGCCACAAUGAUUGAUUCCCGUGGUGGGAAUCACUGCAGCCUGCAUGGUCUAAAGUGUUGUCUGCAGCAAGCAUACAGCAAGCAAGUGUUGUCUGCUCUGGGCUCUGCUGGGUGCUCUCUGCAAGUGCCCCAGUCCAGGGGUCCCCGGAGCCUCACUGUAAAGUAAAGGCGCUCAGGAGAUGCUGUCCCAGGCCCUGUGGCCCCAAGAGUAUGAGCACUAGGACCUUUAGAUUGAGUGUCUUGAAUGACAUUCUGGUUGCAUGAAAAGCACUAAUCUGUUGUCUGCCUUAAUGAACUUUUAUCAACCAGAGACUAUUGAAUUAAAUCCAGUGAAGCAUACCCUGAAUGCACCAGGAAACCAUGAAUAGCUAAUGAUGGCUGACGCUUACUGAGUGCUUGCUGUGUACCAGGUGCUAGUCAGAGCACUUUACAUAUAACUGACUUCUGUGAGCUUCACAGCCUGAUGAGAAAGGUACUUCAUCAUAUCCACUUUGUGGUUGAGGAAAACAGGCACAGAGAAGUAAAGUAAUCUGGGGAAAGUCGCCAACCUAGGACGUGGAUAAGCUGGCACCAGCGCUUUAGUCGCCUGGCCCCAGGUCUUCAUCCUUAACUCCAUGCUCUCCUUCUCCCAGUUGAUUUAUUUAGGAUCUAAAAAUAUAUUCAGAGCUCACAUUUAAAAGCCAAAGCUUUUACAAAUAAACAUGUGUGCAAAAAUAAGUCUAACUGAAAUGAAGGAAAUAACUGGGCUUGGCGACUACAUGGCAGUGAAGGCCGUGAAAUAUUAACACAUAUUUGAGUUAAAGCGUGAUUCAACAUGGCAGAAUUAAUUUUGGAAACAUUUUCAUGACAUUCACUUGCCUACAAAGUGAUUUUGAGUUUCCUAACAUGCUUUAUCUGAAUCAGGCUUUCCUGAGGAAACGGCGAUGUUGAGGCCAGAGCAAACAUACUUUUCAUGGAAUGUGGUUCUUUUGUGAAAUACUGUUUCCUAAACAGAUAGGGACAUGCACAAAUGCUUGCCCAAUGUUCGAUUUGCAUUUCCCCAAUUCUUUCUAAAGAGAAUCCUGGUAUAUUGCAGUGAAUACCAAUACCGGUUAGAAAAAUGCAAAAUAACACCAUUCCACUGUGGGAAAGAUACAGUGUUUGUAUCCUAUGAAAUUUUUUCUUCUUUAGUUUUCAGAAACUGUUUUAUAAAUUUGUCUAGCCAAUUAAAGGAUUUGACGUUUCAUAUAAAGUUUAUUUUCAUUUUUAAA